AUGAUACUGAAUCCAUUCAACCCACGAGGGGUGCUCGCCGCGCUCCUCCUGGUCUCCCCGGUCCUGGCUCAUGGCGGCCAUGAAAAUGUUCCCGAGGGCGCCGCCAUCUCCGAAGAUCCCAUUGACUCGACGUUAUGGGUGCAUAUGAUCCUGAUGGGUCUGUCGUUCGGGAUUAUCUUCCCGUUGGGUAUGGUCCUCGGGAUUGUCGGUACCGUGAUCGCCGUGGUGGCCUAUUUCCUCGGCCACGCCCACAAAGGCCGCCAGUUCUCGAAAAACGUCCACGCGUCCUUUGCAAACACCCUGAUGUUCAUGUUGGUGGCGCAAGUGGUCAUCGGCUUCUACCUCAAGCUCCAUCUGUCCAAGGGCAUUCACGGCCGCAUCCGCCGCGUCUUCGUCAUUCUCCACGGUGUCCUCGGCAAGGCGAUGCCCGUCGCAAGCUGGGUGCAGAUGCUCUUCGGCGGCAUUACCGCCAUGGGCUUCUGUCGCGAUGACCACCUCGGCCAGUGCCUGGCGCAUUUCAUCAUGGGCAGCGCCUUUAUCGCGUACGGCAUUCUGCUGACGAUCCUGCUGCUCGUCGGCCAGUAUUGGCUCCGUCGCACCGGUCGCAGCCAGGAGUUCUUCGACUCGCUCGUCAUCGCCGCCUGGGGAUGCGUCAACACCUUCACCGAGCACCGCUGGGGCGGCCCCUGGGUGCACAACGACCUGCAGCAUACCACCAUGGGUAUUGUCUGGUGGUGCGCCGGUCUGUUGGGCAUCUGGCUGAGUCGCAGCCGCGAUGGCCGCCCCAAGCGCAACCUCAUCCCCGCCAUCGUCAUCGGCCUCACCGGCUACGCCAUGUCGGCGCAUCCGCAGACGCUGAUGAUCAGCACGAUGAUUCACACCAUCUUCGGCUAUACCCUGAUGGCUGCCGCGCUCACCCGAAUCAUUGAGAUCUCCUUCGUGCUGCGCGACAAGAGCACCGUGAGCAUGGACGGCUCCAACCCCAACAGCUUCCAGUACCUGACUCCCUUCCUCCUCUAUGCCUCCGGUUUCCUCUUCAUGGGCGCCACCGAGGAACAGAUGCAACUGCUGCACCAAGCCGAGAUUACGCACGUGUCCUACAUCCUGAUCCUCUACAGCAUCGCCUUCAUCCUCUUCCUCUUCGUCAACGUCCUCCUCCACAUCUACGCCGUCCACGCCUGGCCCGAAUCGACCAAACCGUCCAACGCGCGCGAGUCCCUCGACGCCGAGCCCGAGCAGCGGCCCUCCCGCUUCAUGAACGGCCAUGCGCGCUCCACGGCCGAGGCCCAGCACAUCAACGAUGCCGAGGCCUUCGAGCUCCAGGGCCUCAUCUCCGACGAGGAGGAGGACGACAACAAGGCGUCCGGUGCUGGGAACCACACAAUGGGGCCCCGGAAGGCAGAAGAUGAAGAGAGCGCCCCUCUGGUCGGGAGGGACUCUUCAAGUCGACCGUGA